UUGUCCCUCCCUCGACCAAUGCUCAAAAUCAAAGGCAAAAAACCCCACUACGCUUCGGCUUUCGCCUAUCCAAGGCCAUAUUUAUCACCCCCCCAAACUCAGGGAAAAAAAGAAGUCUUGAUCAAAUGGGGAGCUUAGGAAGAGCUGUGUACACCUUGGGAAACUUGAUUCGAGCGACAGGUCAAGCCAUGGAUCGACUGGGUUUCCAGCUCCAAGGGAGUUACUAUAUCCCUGAACAAAUUUCUAGGCAUCGGACAAUAAUGGACAUUUUCGAAAAAUCUCCUGUGGUUGAUAAGGAUGCAUUUAUUGCCCCAAGUGCCUCUGUCAUUGGGGAUGUUCAGGUCGGCCGAGGAUCAUCCAUAUGGUAUGGGUCUGUUCUUCGAGGCGAUGUGAACAGCAUAAGUGUCGGGUCUGGGACUAAUAUACAGGACAAUUCUCUGGUCCACGUGGCUAAAUCUAAUAUAAGCGGAAAAGUUUUGCCAACUAUCAUUGGAGAUAACGUGACAAUUGGUCAUGGUGCAGUUAUACAUGGCUGCACAAUAGAGGAUGAGGCUUUUGUUGGGAUGGGAGCUACUCUUCUUGAUGGUGUUUUUGUGGAAAAACAUGCCAUGGUUGCUGCAGGUUCUCUUGUGAGACAGAAUACAAGGAUCCCUGUCGGUGAGGUGUGGGCGGGUAACCCGGCCAAAUUUCUCAGGAAGCUCACAGAUGAGGAGAUUGCAUUCAUCUCACAAGCAGCUACUAAUUACAUCAACCUUGCCAAAGUGCAUGCAACUGAGAACUCCAAAUCGUUCGACGAGAUAGAGCUGGAAAAGAUGCUCCGCAAGAAAUUCGCCAAGCGUGAUGAAGAGUACGACUCCAUGAUCGGCGUAGUUCGUGAAAUCCCACCCGAACUCAUCCUCCCUGACAACAUACUGCCUGAGAAAUCCCAAAAGGCCCUUCAAUGAGUGGACGUGCUCUUUUCGUAGUUGUAAUAAACGUGUUUGUGUUUUUUUUUUUUUUUCUUUACUAACGAAUAAAAUUUGAUGACUCGGCUUGCUCUGAGGGUGGAUUUCAUUCGGCUUGAGAAUGUUUCGAGGUCUGGCUCAGUUUUAAAUGGGAACCAACCAACCGUGCUGUUGUUACUUGUUCUGCAGUAUGCAUGAAGAUGUACUGCUUUUGUUCUUGUAUUUGAAGCCCCACCUA